AUGGCGCCACUCGAUGUUCUAAUGGUUGGCUCAGGAGAGUACACUACUGGCUUCGUCGGUGGUGGUGCUUCUCAGUCAGACAAGAAAGUCGGUGUUGUGGCUCUGACCCUGUUCGACCUCAGGAGGCGCGGCAAGGUCGGUAACUUGUCCAUGGUAGGAGCUUCAGGAGGGAAGUUUCCGGCCAUUCGCGAACAUCUCCAAAAGAACAUCUCCGAUGUCUACAAUGGACUCGAUGUGUCCUUCGAGUCUUACCCAAAAGGCGAUGUCCGUGAUGGUGAAGCAUACAAGACAGCAAUAGACGCUCUUCCAAAGGGCAGCGCCAUCACCGUCUUUACCCCCGACCCCACACAUUUUCCAAUCGCAAUGUACGCAAUUGAGCGUGGCCACCAUGUUCUACUCACGAAGCCGGCAGUGAAAGACUUGGCAGAACAUCAGAAGUUGAUCGAAGCCUCUCGGAAACACAAUGUGUUUGUCUAUGUGGAGCACCACAAACGGUACGACCCGGCGUAUGCGGAUGCACGGUACAAAGCGAAGAGCAUGGGCGACUUCAACUACUUCUACAGCUAUAUGAGUCAGCCCAAGAAUCAAUUGGAGACGUUCAAGGCCUGGGCAGGGAAGGACAGCGACAUCUCGUACUACCUCAAUUCGCAUCACAUUGAUAUCAACGAGAGCAUGGUCCCCGACUAUAAACCAGUCAAGGUGAUUGCGAGUGGCUCCAAAGGCAUUGCCACAGACCUCGGCAUCGAGACGGAAGAUACCAUCACGUUACUGGUCAACUGGGUCAAGAAAUCAGACCCAAGCAAGAUUGCCACAGGUGUAUAUACGGCGAGCUGGACAGCACCGCUGAAAGCUGGUGUGCAUUCAAACCAAUACUUCCACUACAUGGCGAGUAAAGGCGAGAUCCGCACAAACCAGGCAAAACGGGCAUACGAUGUCACAAUGGACGACUCUGGUCUCGCAUGGUACAAUCCGUUCUACAUGAGAUAUGCACCCGAUGAGGAAGGGAAUUUCAACGGCCAAGGAGGAUAUGGCUAUGUGUCAUUCGAAAAGUUCAUAGAUGGCGUUACCGCGUUGAAAGAGGGACGAGCGACACUUGAUGACCUUGAUAAACGCGGUCUACCAACACUCAAAAACACGAUUGCAACAGGAGCUAUUCUUCACGCUGGACGGAUAUCGCUUGACGAGAACAGAACUGUGGAGAUUGUCCAGGAAGGGGAUCAAUGGAGUCUGAAAUGA